AUGAUUCUGUACCAAAUCCGUGCCGCUGCACAUAAUAUGUGGCUCGCCGUCAACUUCUCGGCGACACUUUCUUCAUAUCGUAACCUGUCGUCUGCGUGCUACAUGGACGGCUACCCGCCACCCAACCUCGGUGACGAAGAACCAUUCGAGGAAGUCGACCUCCGCGGCGGCUAUCCCAUCGACGACGAGCAGAUGUUCAACCUCGCGGACCUCGCGGCCACCCAUUCCAUCGCGCUUGGCUUUCAAGCCCAUCCCCCGCGAGACAAGAACGACGUAGGCAGGAUGGCACUGCUCGUCAACGACCUCUUCGAGGAGUACAUGGACAUCCAGUGCGCGUGUGUGGGAAACGCCAGAGAUCCCAGGGAGUGGUCGUGGUUCUUAGCGACGUCUCCGGGGAGGACCGUUGACCUGCCUCGCGCCGAGUAUGACAAGUUGAUUGAGACGCAAGAUUUCUGGAACCCUCCCGCCAAGUACAACUUACAGGAGACCAGCGCCGACAGGGAGGUCAAGCGGACGCUGGAGGCGAAAGGCAUACACGUCCGACCCUUUCACACGGUCUAUUGGGGCUGAGGCAACUCUACAUAUGUAUGCGAUUCCGAAUCUACUGGCAUCUCGAUAUACGUGUCCGAAUGUCCAACUAUUACAACAACAAACCAGCUAUGCACAAAGCUCCUCGACGUCUUCGUCGAUAUUAUUAUUACAGGUUCUGAACAUCGCGAGCC